AUGUCUGCAACUGGGAGCGCACCCGUCGUCAGCCAUGGUGUCGACACGCCCGCUGCCCCGGUGCUGCAGAAGCACGUCGCCCCUGCGCCCAGCAACUACAAGGGCUUCGUCGCCGGCGUGUUUUCAGGCAUUGCCAAGCUGAGUGUCGGCCACCCCUUCGACACAAUCAAAGUCCGCCUGCAGACCUCCGACACCACUCACUUCCGCGGCCCACUUGACUGCCUGCUGAAAACGGUACGGAAUGAAGGCGUGCGCGGCUUGUACAAGGGCGCGACGCCGCCGUUGGUUGGCUGGAUGGCCAUGGACUCGCUCAUGCUCGGAUCGCUCACCGUCUACCGCCGUCUCCUGCGCGAAAACCUCUUCACGAAAUAUGAGAAACUCCCCACAGUGGGCCACGGCAUUGCUGGUAUCUGUGCCGGUUGGACUGUUAGUUUCAUUGCAGCGCCCGUCGAACACGUCAAGGCACGGCUGCAGGUACAAUAUGCGGCAGAUAAGACGAAGCGGCUGUACAGCGGUCCGAUUGAUUGUGCGAAGAAGCUGCUCCGCGGCCAUGGACUGCCCGGUCUAUAUCAUGGUCUUUCUGCCACCCUCCUCUUCCGCACCUUCUUCUUCUUCUGGUGGGGAUCCUACGACGUCUUUUCGCGCUGGUUCUCCAAGCAUACGGACCUCUCCACUCCCGCCGUGAACUUCUGGGCUGGCGGCCUGUCCGCUCAGAUAUUCUGGAUCACGAGCUACCCUUCUGAUGUCAUCAAGCAAAGGAUCAUGACCGAUCCGCUUGGCGAGGGCAGGAAGUUCCCGCGGUGGAGAGACGCGGCGAAGGCUGUCUACAGAGAGAAGGGAUGGAGAGGGUACUGGAGAGGCUUCGUGCCCUGUUUCUUGAGGGCAUUCCCGGCAAACGCAAUGGCUCUUGUUGCGUUUGAGGGCGUCAUGAGAUUUCAAGGCGCUGGAAACUAG